GGAGAGCAGCGGCGGCCUCGGCGGCAGCGACAGAGCUGUCGGCGGCCGCUCGUGGUGACUGAACGUCGCGGUGCGGAGGCCACCUAGUCCGUCUCACGAGCCGGCUGGUUGAGGGGCGACCACAACUUGGAACAGGUGUUUGGCAUGUUUAGAUACUAGGAAACACUUAUGUUUACGUCUGCAUUUGAAAAUGGCAGAAGGAAACAACAAUGAAGAAGUAAUUCACUUGAACAACUUUCACUGCCACCGGAGACAAGAUUGGAUCAAUCUCAGAGAUGGGCCCAUCACCAUAUCUGACUCCUCUGAUGAGGAAGGGAUUCCAAUGCUGGUCACCCCAGUUCCUCAGCAACAGGAGGAAGAAGACCUGGAUGAUGAUGUCAUCCUGACAGAGGAUGAUUCUGAGGAUGACUACGGUGAAUUUCUGGAUCUUGGGCCUCCUGGUGUCUCUGAAUUCACUAAGCAAACUCACCAAACAAAAAGAGAACCCAAACCUGGACCAAGUCAUAACCAAGGAGCAAAUGACAUCAAUCCUAAAUCUGAACCAAAAAUUAUUAUCUUGGGAAAAAGUGGCCUUCUUUUCCCAGAAAAUGAUCCUUUGGAAGCUCAGAACCAGUCAUCUGAAGACUCAGAGACAGAGCUUUUAUCAAAUCUUGGAGAAUCGUCUGCUUUAGUAAAUGAUCAGGCCAUUGAAGAAGACUGUUGGAUAGACCAUCCUUACUUCCAGUCUCUAAACCAGCAGCCCCGUGAGAGAACAAAUCAGGUUGUUCCCCAGGAGCGGCAGCCUGAAGCAGAACUGGGCCCCUUGUUAUUUCAACAUGAACUCCCAGGGCCAGCUUUUCCAAGACCAGAAGGCCAGCAGGAUGGGAUUCCAGGCUCUGCUUCUCCUCAGCCUGCCCAUCCUCUAGGAGAGCUUGAAGACCAACAGUUAGCGACUGAUGAUGAAGAGCCAGGGCCAGCAUUUCCCCUACCAGGAUCUCAGGAGGCCAAAUUGGAAAACCUCUGGGGGCAAGAUACUGCUGAGGUAGAUCAAGACCUUGUUGCACUGUUAGUGAAAGAAACAGAAGCAAGAUUUCCAGAUGUAGCAAAUGGGUAUAUUGAAGAAAUAAUUCACUUGAAGAAUUAUUAUGAUUUGAAUGUACUUUGUAAUUUUCUUCUGGAAAAUCCAGAUUAUCCAAAGAGAGAAGAUAGAAUCAUUAUGAACCCCAGCAGCAGUCUGCUCGCCAGCCAGGAUGAUACAAAGUUGCCUAAAAUAGACUUUUUUGACUAUUCCAAAUUGACUCCUCUUGACCAGCGCUGCUUCAUCCAAGCUGCAGACCUCCUGAUGGCCGAUUUCAAAAUGCUCAGCAGUCAGGACAUUAAGUGGGCCCUGCAUGAGCUCAAAGGACACUAUGCAAUCACUCGAAAGGCCUUUUCUGAUGCCAUUAAAAAGUGGCAGGAGCUUUCACCAGAAACCAGUGGGAAAAGGAAAAAAAGAAAAGAAAUGAAUCAAUAUUCUUACAUAGAUUUCAAAUUUGAACAAGGUGACAUAAAAAUAGAAAAGAGGAUGUUCUUUCUGGAAAAUAAGCGGCGACAUUGUAGGUCCUAUGAUCGGCGUGCCCUCCUUCCAGCUGUCCAACAAGAGCAAGAGUUCUAUGAGCAGAAAAUCAAAGAGAUGGCAGAGCAUGAAGACUUUUUGCUUGCUCUGCAGAUGAAUGAAGAACAAUAUCAGAAGGAUGGCCAGCUAAUUGAGUGCCGCUGCUGCUAUGGGGAGUUUCCAUUCGAGGAGCUGACACAAUGUGCUGAUGCUCACUUGUUCUGCAAAGAAUGUCUCAUCAGAUAUGCCCAAGAGGCUGUCUUUGGAUCUGGAAAGUCAGAGCUCAGCUGCAUGGAAGGCAGCUGCACAUGUUCAUUCCCAACCAGUGAACUAGAGAAAGUCCUUCCCCAGACCAUCCUGUAUAAAUAUUAUGAGCGAAAAGCUGAAGAGGAAGUUGCUGCAGCCUAUGCUGAUGAGCUUGUCAGGUGCCCCUCCUGUAGCUUUCCUGCAUUGUUGGACAGUGAUGUGAAGAGGUUCAGCUGUCCUAAUCCUCGAUGCCGAAAGGAGACCUGUAGGAAGUGUCAGGGACUCUGGAAAGAACAUAAUGGCCUUACCUGUGAAGAGCUGGCUGAAAAGGAUGACAUCAAGUACCGAACAUCUAUAAAUGAAGUGGGGAAUGACAUUUGGGGCAGAGUCUCUGAGUCUCCACCACAGGAAGAUGAUGAGAAGCUAAUCGAGGAAAUCCAGAAGGAGGCUGAGGAGGAGCAGAAAAGAAAGAAUGGAGAGAACACCUUCAAACGCAUUGGGCCUCCGCUGGAGAAGCCCCCUGAGAAGGUACAGAGGAUGGAAGCCCUCCCGCGGCCUGUCCCACAGAACCUGCACCCACCACAGAUGCCACCCUAUGCCUUUGUGCACCCGCCCUUCCCCCUGCCACCUGUCCGGCCUGUGUUUAACAACUUCCCUCUCAACAUGGGCCCUGUCCCAGCACCUUAUGUGCCCCCUUUGCCUAAUGUGCGGGUCAACUAUGACUUCGGUCCUGUGCAUGUGCCCCUGGAGCACAAUCUGCCCAUGCACUUUGGCCCCCAGCCACGGCAUCGCUUCUGACAGCUGGAGCUCUGGCCAGCCCCCACUGAACCUGUGCCAGUGGGGGGUACAGGGCAGAGAACCCCCUGCCCCAGGCCAGGUUCCACCUUCACCCUCUAAGUAGGGGUGGUGAGUCAGCUUUUGAGGGUGGGCUGGUUUACCUUGUACUCCUCCCUUGGGAAGAGUCACUGCUUCUCAAAGUCUGGUGCCCUCUGGGUGCCUGUAAGGGAACUGGCCUGGCUCUUGCUGGUCAGUCUCCUCGCUAGUUCUGCCAUUUUGGCAACCAGCACAGGGGCUCUGGCUCUACUCUGUCACUCAAGCCCCUGCAGGAGGAGACAGGUGGAGCUCAUUUGUCCUGUUCCUAAGAGAAUCCCACACAAUUAAGAACUUUGCAGACCCGCUUGGUCACAGUGUAGUCAGGUCCAUAAUAAAAAUGAAGCAGCAAAUAGUGGCAUUGGAAGAGAACUGAGACAUCUGCAUGGCCACCCUCACUAAGGCCCUUCAAGAGUGGCUGUUGUGCCCAUGCCAUGGCACAUCCACAGUUCAGGGAUAUGGGUCCCCUGCUGUCCUAUGCACUUGUGCUUCACCUGGGAGCCAAGUCCUGGGGCACAAGGCAGCUGUGAUCAUCUCCUUUGAGACUCCCAAGAGUCCUGUGUCUGGGGCCGCCUGCCCCUCACAGAGGUUCAUAGUUGGUCUCAGUGAAAAGAUAGUGGGGGCUGUGGGUCACAGCCCCUUGGACAUUGCUGCGGUGCCAUGAGGGGCAAAAUGCUGUCCCUCCCAGUCCAGAACCCAGUGUUUCCACAAUGCCCCUUCAGGCCCUUUCCCCCUCCCUCCCUCCCUCCCUUCCAAGGCCCUCUCAGGUCAGGCAACCACAGAGAACUGUCCCGCACUGUGGGUUUGGUUUUGUUUAUCUGAGCAUUUCCUCCUGUUCACAUAUUUUGAAUACUGAAGAAUUUUCCAUGGCCUGCUAUCUUUUUCUCAUUCCCUGGAAAGUCAGGCUGAAAUUGGCCCUCUGCACCAGGUGGCUACCAAGGUUGAACAGUCCUGACACUAACCAAACAAAAUCCUUUUCCAUUAGCCACCACAGAGGCCACCCAGACAGCCCAGUACUGGGAGACAUCACAAACACCCAGCAGGUGAUGAACAGCUUUCCCUCUAAGGUGUUUUUGGGGGCUUCCCUGGGGUGUAGAUGACUCUGCGGAGCCGUGUAUUGUCACAGCCGACCUCUCUCCCUCCUCUGUGUUCUCAGUAGUCAGUGAUGGAGGCUGGUAGAGGGUGAGGUGCUGGUACUAGGCACAGGGACAGCUGCCCUUCUCUGGGGUUGAGUCAGCUCUGGGCCUCUGUGGGGUCCUGCCAAGGGUCCUGCCAAGGCUCCGGCCCACUUGCCAAGCAGAGGCCCAAAGCUUCUGACUGCAAAGCUGGGAUUGAGCCCUCCUGACAGCAGACAUCUCUUUCUCAUCCUGUAUUGGCCAUCCUUGUCCUCGUCAUGUGGCUGUGGGGUUCCAGGAGGUACAAAGCACACAGAGUUCGGGGGUGGAAAGCCCUGAGAGCAAGCAGUGCCACCACUCGCUUGCUGCCAUCAGCUUCUCAGGUGUCUUUGAAGGAUUCAGGUCUACUUGAUACAUUCUUUCUGCCUUUGCUCAGGAUGAAAGUUUUGAAGACAGGUGGUCACCUGGACAUGGGGUGGGGCACAUGGGGAGGUGGCUCGGGAGCCUCCCAGUGAGCUGCCUGAACUUACUUCUAUCCCGAAUGACAGUGCCUUGGAAAGGUGGGCUGCUCACCACAGUGACAGGAUCCUCUAAGUACCUUAGACACAAACUCAUGUUCUCUGCACCUCCCCUGGAGUAGAGAAGGCAGCACACAGCCCACAGAUGGGAGGAAGCCCUGACACUGCCCCUCUGGGGCCUUUCGAGCUGUCCCUGUAGGCUGUGAGCCUGUUUCCAGCUGUGUGCCCCCACCACAUAGCUCCAUCAAGGGGCUAAGGCUGAGACAGGAUGAGGAAACUGGCCAUUUCUGUGGCAGCUGCAAGGACAGUCAGUGCAGUGCAGGUGGUGCCCAAACUAGAGAGAGAGUGGGGGAUCAGAAUGACGUUCUGCCUAUGGUCUAAGCCAGUAAUGUCCCCUUGGAGAUGAGUUCAAGCUUCUGUGGCCACACUUUGCUUCAGGAGAGGGAACUGCUGCAUGCCCGUCAAGGGCAUCUGGUUCCACAUCAUGCUCCCCGAGCCGGGCUGCAGACUAGCACCAGAACCAAACGUCCAAGAGUGACCACCUCAGCUCUCCAGGCACCUCAGUGUCCAGGCAGACAGGGAAGGUGAGGAGUUGCACCCAUGCCGGGGCCAGAGCCCAAGAAUCAGCCCCUGUCGCAUCAAACGGGCGUUUUCAAUGCAGCUGACACCUUACCCUCUGGGACACGGGGUUGCUUCCUGGGGGCAAGAGACUGCCUGGCCACUGUCCCAAUCUAUUUGCCUUAAGACUGGAGAGAGGAAUCUAGUAUUUGCACUUAGCAAAAGAUUUAAAACUGAAGGAAGAAAUGUGCAUGAUCUGUUCUUUGUACAAAAAUAGCAAAAAAAAAAAAAAAUAAGUAGUUAAAUGUUUUUAUUUACCUUCUGGUAGUAAAAAUAGAUAAGAUAAUUCUGUUUAAACUACUGUGUGUAAAAAACCUGUAUCAUAUGUAACUUGAAUUUUUUGUAAA